ACGUUUGCCACCGCUAGUACUGGUGUUGCUGCCUGUCAUAUUAAUGGAAUAACAUUACAUCAAUUUGCAGGUAUUGGUUCUGGGACACAGUCAUUAGAAACUUGCAUAGAGUUGGCUUCAAGACCAGCCAGAACAAAACAAUGGAAAAGGUGUAAACAUUUAAUUGUAGAUGAAGUAUCCAUGUUAGAUGCUGAUUUUUUCACCAAAAUAGAGCAUGUAGCCAGGGUGAUCCGUGGUAAAGACCUGCCAUUUGGGGGCAUUCAACUAAUAUUGUGUGGAGAUUUUUUACAACUACCACCAGUCACAAAGUCGGGUCAAAAGAGACUAUUUUGUUUUCAGUCUUCAGCUUGGCACAACUGUAUUCAGAUGACCUUUGAACUAACAGAGGUCAGAAGACAGACAGACAUAGAAUUUAUUAACAUACUACAGCACAUACGAAUUGGAAGAUGUCCAAAAGAAAUGUGUGAGAAGCUUGUAUCAACCAACAGCAAUAAGAUAGAAACAGCUGGUAUCCUAGCAACAAGACUGUGCACACAUAAAGAAGAUGUGGAACAAAUUAAUGUAGUGCAAUUAGAGAAACUAUCAGGUGAGACUCGCAUUUUUAAUGCACUUGACAGUGAUCCAGCAUUAGUGAAAUUGAUAAAUAACCAGUGUUCCGUCAAAGCGAAAAUAACCCUGAAAAGAGGCACUCAAGUAAUGCUUACCAAAAAUCUUGCAGUUCAACGAGGCCUGGUAAACGGUGCUAGAGGAGUAGUGAUUGGAUUCAACAAUGCGGAAAAGGGUCUUCCAAUUAUUAGGUUUUUAAAUGGUGUAGAACAAACAAUUACUCCAGAAAGAUGGACAAUAAAGUUAGGAGGUGGUGCAUUUCUAAUGAGACGUCAAUUACCGCUGCAGUUGGCAUGGGCUAUUUCAAUUCACAAAAGCCAGGGUCUGUCACUUGACUGUGUUGAGAUAUCACUAUCUAGAGUCUUUGAAUGUGGUCAGGCAUAUGUAGCAUUGUCAAGAGCAAGAAAUUUGGAAGGACUCAGAGUUAUUGACUUUGAAAAAAGUUGUGUUCAUGCUGAUUCUGAAGUGUUGAAAUUCUACCAAAAAUUGCGAGUGGAAACCAAAUUGUUGAAGCAGAGUAAUUUGAAUUGUUACAGUGGUUAUGACAAAGAAAACUCACAAUAUUGUUAUUAAACUAUCAGCCAGUUAUGU